UCUUCUUCUUCUUCUUUUUAGUUUUAUUUUUGACACAGUCUCUACGAUGAGCGCCAUCAGUGCGUUCUCGCCAAUGAAGGCUGCAGCCAACAUUCACGCGCAACGCCAGCACUUUCGCGACCAGCAGCAACUCAAGUCGACUGCUUCGGGGACAGCGGCGACAACGACAGCCGGCGAGGGCUUGGGCUCGACGACGCAGAUUGCAGCCGCAGCAGCAGCAGCAGUCGCAGCAGCAGUCGGUGGCGAGCUGGAGGACGACGAGUUUGAGCGAAGCGCCAGUCCGCUGCUCUCCGAAGACGAUGACGACGGCGGCAGCAGCGAGGUGUUUGGCGGUGGAGCACAAACCCACCAGCACAAGCGACAACAACAACAACAAGAACAACAACAGCAGCAGCAGCAGCAGCAGCAGCAGCAGCAGCAGGGUCGUCGUGCAGGGGCUGGUGCAGACAACUCAACGGGGUCGCCGUCGGCGUCGGCAACCCCGCUGCUCGCUGCUGCACUCGCCAGCCAGCAAUCUGGAGGUGCUGCUGGCUCGACACUGCGCUUGAGUGCGAGUGCUUGGAGCUACUCGCCGGCAGCGACCCUGCGAGACGUUCCGCCAGUCGCGCUCCACUCUGGCGGCGCUGCUCCCCUCGUUGGCGUCGGCGUGAAUGGCGGGUCGCACAAGCGCUCACAAGCGACGACAGAGAGCCAGCGGACGUCUCCUCACAAUGAGAGUCGUCGUGGUCAAGAAGAGACCGACGACCAGGACGACCAGGACGACCAGGACGACGACCAGGACGACGACGCGAACGAGCAGCAAGAAGAUCAAGCCAAUGACGCCUCAGACUUGGAGUCAGACGAUGACGACGAUGACGACGAUGAUGAUGAGGACGACGAGGACGAGGACGACGACGAUGAUGAGGACACUCCAGACGAUGCACCCCAGCAACCGCUCGAAUCCAUUCAGGACCAGUUCCUCGCUGCCGUCGAGUACAUCAAAACGGCACCAAGGCUCGCUGAACUUAGCAAUCCUCAGAAAUUGAAGCUGUAUGGGUUUUACAAGCAGGGUGCUGAGGGCAAGUGCAACACGCAGCGACCUGGCAUGCUUGAUUUUGUUGGCAGAGCAAAGUGGGAUGCGUGGAACGCCAUGGGAGACAUGCCCAAAGAACAGUCCAUGAAAGAGUACCUCGCAUACAUGCAAGAGUUGGACCCAACAUAUGUGCCUGCAGCGCCGAAACGAGUCAUUGAAACCAAAGCCGAGAGAAAGAAAAGACAGAUGAAAGCCAGCAAAACCGGAUUUGUCGUUGUGAGCACGAUGGCACGAACAGAGGCCGAAGCAGCUGACGGAGACAAAACCAUCAUCGACUGGUGCCAAGAAGGAAAUGUGGAUAAAGUGGCGCUGUUGUUGGCUAAAGGAGCCGACGUUGAUCAACAAGACGAUGAGGGUAUGGCUUUGCUUCAUUGGGCGUCUGACCGUGGACAUGUGCCUAUUAUUGAAGUACUAUUGAAUAACGGCGCCGACGUGCACAUUCGGGAUUCUUCGCUGCAAACUGCAUUACACUACGCGGCGGCAUGUAGCCACUUGAAGGCCAUUGAACUGCUACUGGAAGCAGGGGCUCGGACGAUGGAUUGCGAUGACAGCAACGAAACACCACUGGAUGUGGCAACGGACGCGGCGUGCGCUGAGCUUCUGAAGGGUGCCAGCAGCCGCUCCGCCGAACCCGGCUCUCCUUCAAAGAAGAAGACAGUGACCUUUGGCCGAAACCAAGUGGUUGUUUUGCCGCCUGCUGCCGCGGCAGAGUCUGACCUCGGCAGUCGACAACUGGAAAGCGUCGAUCAGGCCAGCUCGAGUUUGCGAUCAGAGCCAACGUAUGCCGAGACCUUUGUUCAUUCGCGGCAUACCGGCGAUGACAGCAUCGAUCGACGGGCUCCGUCUGACGGUGACAGUGCGGGUUUGUUCAGCGGCUCGUCCCUGCUGACCCUUGGCUUGGCCAUUGGUGUUACUGUGGCAGGUCUAUAUGCUUCCUUCCGGGCGUUGCAACGGCGACGAGCGCGUCGAGCAUGAUUUUUUUUAUUGCAACGAGUGUCUGAGUAGUUUCGAUUUUGACAGUAUCGACUUAAACCGUGUUUCGUUCACCAUUGGGGAUUUUGCUAUCAAUAUAUUGACAGUGAGAUGGACCCUUUUGGGUUUUUUUCUUCUUCUUCUU